AAUACAGAAAUUUUAAAACAGCUAAGAAUGGCUCCGCGUAAUCUGAUAUCAGAUGCCAAAUUAGCAAAGGAAUUGCAGAAGCAAUAUGUUAUUGGACACUCUUUAGAAAUUUUUGCAAGUUAUGAAAAGGGCUUGAUAGAGUCAGCUAUUCCGAAUCGAGAGAAAUUGUAUUGUCCUUAUAAAAAAUGUGCAAAGUUGCUCAGCCAUGAUCCUACUGAUGAAGAAGCUGAGAUUAUUAUUAAGGGCAAAUGUCCUUGGUGCGCAGGACUGUUGUGCGCGCGGUGCAGAGUACCUUGGCACACUGGGCGUGACUGUCAACAGUUUCAAAAGGAAGAAAAAGACAGAGAAGAUGACUUAAGAGUUAAGCUGCUUGCUGAAAAUUGCAACUGGAAGAAUUGCCCUCAUUGCAAUUCUCUUGUUGAUAAAGUUGAUGAUGGCUGUGUACACAUCACUUGCAGGUGUAAAGAGGAAUUUUGCUACGCAUGUGGAGAAACUUGGAGUGAAAGGCAUUGGAAUUGCCAGACUCGUUAAUCAUAUUGGAACAUGAAGCCGGACAAUACUACUAUACAAACAACAACAAAAUGUCAAUGAAACCUCUCCUAAUAUCUGAAAAUAAGAUACGAUACUUAUCAAAGUCGUUAAUUUGAUGCGCCAUUCAAGUUGUAUUAUUAUUAUUAUUAUUAUAGUACGAACUUGAGCCUUGUAUAGCAGUCACUUGUUGAGUUGUUGUUGUGCUUAAUAUGAUUGAAUUGGAGAUGAAGAAGCUACGAGGCUUUUUACUUGAAUUUCUUUUUCUUUUUUGUCAAAAGCUAUAAGACUUUUCUU